AAAGUUCAUGGGUACCCCGCGGCAGGGGCCAGGCCAUGCGUCGGCGGCAGCGGGAGUUCACCCCGGAGGACCAGAAGGACACGGUCUACUGGGAGAAGCGGAGGAAGAAUAAUGAGGCGGCCAAGAGGUCGCGGGAGAAGAGGCGCCUCCACGAUGCGGCCCUGGAGGGCAGGCUGGCCGCGCUGCUGCGGGAGAACGCCCUGCUGCGUGCCGAGCUGCGGGCGCUGCAGCUCCGUUCUGGCCUGGUGCCAGCCCUGGGCAGCCCCGGGAACUUGCCCUUGUACGCUGUGCUAUGGGAGCCUCCCUGGACUGGUGGGGACCGCUACAGUGGGGGCGGAGGCAGUGGUGGUGGUGGCAGCGCGGUUGAACCCAUCUCCCUCCUCCCGGGCUCCCGCGCCUGCCUCCUAAGGCCUUGUUCCCUAGGUGCGGGGCUUCCAGGAUGCCAGGCUUGCCUGGCGAGUCCUCCGUGGACUGGCCUGGCUGCACCUCCCCAGGAGCCUACAUCUCCUGCGGCUGUUUUUAGCUGUCACCUCUGGGACCGGCACCUGGGGUCCAGGCUGGAGCUGGGACCAUGCUGGGAGCUCUGGUCCCCCGUGCACCUUGGGCACCGAGCCCCAGGGCCACCUGAUGUGCUGACAACUGCUGGUGUCGGGGGACUGACUCCUGAGAUAACCUGCCCCAUCCUAGGGGACAAACCUGAGGGACUAGCUCUGCCCUCCGUGCCCCACAAACUGCCCGUCAAAUCCCAGGUGUCUUAA